AUGAAUCCCGAUUUGAAAAGAGAGUUUAUACGACUCAUCAGAGAGGAGGAGAUGCUGUGGAAUACUGAUUGCAGGGAUUACUACAGACUAGACAAGAAAAAUCUGGCAUGGUCAAGAAUAUUGACUGCUCUGGAAAGGAAAGGUUUCCGUGGAGGAUUACUAGACCUCAAAGCAACUUGGAAAGGUUUACGAGACACGAAACGGAGAUACAACAUGCAACCUACCGCUUCCGGAAAGCAGUGGAUGUUUGAGAAGGACUUGGAAUUUUUGGAUCUUCCAAGAAAUGACUCCGUUCAAUUUUCGCCCCAUGUUGAAAACGAAUCAAAGGUUAACAGUCUAGUCGAUAGUCCUCGUAGUUCUGCCACACCAGAAGAGAUUGGUGAGGAAGGCGGCGACGCGGACGAUGCAAAUGAAACGUUUUUCGUACCGGUUUCUGAGAUGGGCGGCGACAAUAGUCCAGAGAACGGUGCUGAGGUAUCACGGAAACGAAGUUACGCAGGAGGUUUCAAUUCAAAUAAGAAGAAAAUGGACUCACUUCAAGAAGGUAAUGCCUUUUGCAGAUUACAUUUGUGUGGAAGUCUUCUUAUCAAUCUUGAUUUCGCGUAA